ACAUUGCAGAUAACAUGUUACAAUUUAUAUAGGUAACUAAUAUCUUCAUGUAUAUUGAAAAUUAAAAUACUUCUAUGCACAUGUUGCACUUGUCACUUACUGUUCUAAAUGCAAGAUAGCUUCUAUAAUAGGAAAAGAAAAAAAUGGCAAAAUAUAUAGCUCAAAUUAUUGUUGUUGGAGCACAAGUUGUUGGUCGUGCUUUUGCAAGAGCUUUGAAGCAGGAAAUUGCAGCAUCUCAAGAAGCGGCCAAAAGAGGUGGUGGUGGAACUCAAGGUGCAAGAAGAGCCGCCGCAAAUGCAUCCACAGGCCUCACAAUAGAAGAAGCAAUGCAAAUAUUAAACAUAGACAAGUUAGAUCCAGAAAAAGUCAAGAAGAGCUAUGAACAUCUAUUUAAUGUUAAUGACAAGGCCAAAGGUGGUUCUUUCUACUUGCAAUCAAAAGUAGUGAGGGCAAAAGAGCGAAUAGACACUGAAUUAAAAGACCACCAACCUCAGAAUGAAAAAAAUCAACAGAAUCCUUCUUGAAAUAUUUCAGACUAUAUAGUAUUUAAUAAUGAGUACUUAGACUUACAUUGUAGUGAUUAUUAAAGUGAAAUAAAUAAUUUAUUUUGCAAAAUAUUAUAUUUUGUAGAAAAUGGACACAAUAGUGACUAGAGUACAUCAGUCUUCUAUAAUAUAAUAUUUUGAUUA